AUGUCCAAAGCUACAUUUUACUGUUUAUCUAUGGUCAGUGGUCAUACAGUGCAGUUCGGGCCUGCACACGCCCGGAGUCAAGUCCCCAGCCCCGCUCGCUGUUGUUCUGCAGCUGUUCUGACCACAGUAAGACACAGACCCUCUAUCGUGGUACAGUCACAAAUGCACGGUACAAAGGUAUAUUCUGAAGGUUUUGAAAAUGGACGUUUCAAACUUGACAAAGGAGGGUUACGCUUCCAUCUAAUAAUUGAAAAUGCUAGUCGCUCAGAUGAGGGAAUGUACUUCUGUGGAAUGAGAUUAUCAUAUGACAUCAUAUUUGGAAAUGGAACAUUUUUGUCAAUUGAAGGUAAAGAGCAGUGGUCUGCUACUGAAAGAGUGGUCCAAGCCCCAAUACCAGACCCAGUUUAUCAAGGAGAUUCGGUGACUCUGCAGUGCACAGUCAGUACUGAGAAACAAACAGAGGAGUACAGAGUGCUCUGGUUCAGAAGAUCUCCAGGAGAAUCCCAGCCAGGUCUUAUUUACUCUCCCACAAACAGGAGCCGCGAGUGUGAGGAUCACUGUGUCUACAGGCUCCCCAAGAGCAGUCUCACUCUCUCUGACAGUGGAGUCUAUUACUGUGUUGUGGACAUAUGUGGUCAAGUCAUUUUUGGAAAUGGAGCAGUACUGGAAAUUAGUAAGUAA